AUAUUUAGGAAUCUCCGAAAAAUUAAUUUUUUGAUUGUUUGUAUAAUUUAGUCGUAUAAAUACUGAUACUAGGAAUUUCUUUUGAAUUCUUUCAAUAUUAAUAAUGUCUUUUCGUAAGUAUGGAUUCCAAAUAGGAGAAGCAAACUCUAAUCCGGGUCUAACAUAAGUAUUAAACAUAUGUAUGAGUAUUUUGGGAUUUUUAGUUUUAAGUGUUUUAAGUAAAUUAUACAUAAUCUUAGAGGCUUUGUUUGUGAUAAAUUCAAUAUGUUCAGAGAACUUAAGGCUAGGUGAAAAUAAAAUACCAAGAUCUCUAACGACUUCAUUUUUAGUAUCUAUGGUUAUUCCAUCAAUAGAAUACUCAUUUUUAUGGUUCCCGUUACCUAGAUAA